UUCCGGGUUUUGAAGAGGCGUGUAAACACUGAAUGUGACGCUUGUUUGUAAUUGUCCUCUUUAUAACACAUUUGGAUAUAUGUAUAUAUGUGUGUGUGUUGAGUGACAUGAGUUUGUUUCUGCCUAAGCUGUCCUGUAAAAAGGAAGUCGAUGAGGUGAUAAAGAGUGUUGCAGAGAAAGUUUUGGUUCUGAGGUUCGGGAGAGAUGAAGAUUCCGUCUGUAUGGAGCUGGAUGAGAUUCUUUCAAAGACAUUCCACGACCUGAGUAAAAUGGCUGGCAUCUACCUGGUCGACGUAAACAAGGUACCAGUGUAUACCCAUUACUUUGACAUCAGCUACAUUCCUUCCACUGUAUUUUUCUUCAACGGACAGCACAUGAAAGUAGAUUAUGGGUCUCCAGACCAUACAAAGUUUGUUGGAAGUUUUAAAACCAAACAAGACUUUAUUGACCUAAUUGAGGUAAUUUACCGUGGGGCCAUGCGAGGGAAAAUGAUAGUGCGAAGCCCAAUCGACCCGAGGAACGUUCCCAAAUAUGACCUCCUCUAUCAAGGAAUAUAGGUGCCAGGGGGCUAAACUUAAUCAGAUUGGACCAGAAGGACUGCCGAGUUUGAAAGACAGCACUUCUUUGAGGGGGAAACGACAAGUGGAGAAACAUACAAUAAAGAAAUGCAAUCUGGAGACCUUCUGACUGCCCAGACCAGUUUAGUGGUUGUUUUCUAGCUGUUUGCUUGGACUGUGUAAAUGCAGUGUAAUGGCUGGUUUAAUCUUUUGAGUACUAAAGCUGCUGUGUCUCACAUCUAUACCAUUUUACACUAAAAUCCUUGUAAUCCCUUGUCAUACACCAGGAGGCACAUGUGGCUUAAUAAAGGGGAUCCUCUUUUUUUCCCCCCAAACUGUGUUUUUGUUACACUGACAAGAUUGUCCACAGCUGAUAUUUACAAAAUGGUAACAAGUACCCAACAAAGUGAUGUGUUGAAUGCUUUGAAAUAUUAUUAUUAUUUGUUCAUUUAGCAGACGCCUUUAUCCAAGGCGACUUACAGAGACUAGGGUGUGUGAACUAUGCAUCAGCUGCAGAGUCACUUACAAUUACGUCUCACCCGAAAGACGGAGCACAAGGAGGUUAAGUGACUUGCACGGGGUCACACAAUGAGUCAGUGGCCGAGGUGGGAUACAGUUCCAAUACAUUUGUUUCUCCUAGUAAUGGUAAGAGGAUCAGUGUGAAUAAAAUGUUUUGCGGGAUGUUACAAUAACCUGUGACUUGUUUAAAAGUAAUAAUAAAAAUAACUGAACAUCA